AUGAUCUUUGCACAUGAGCCACAGCACGCAAGGCAACUUAGGCAUUGUUUGGUUCUCAACGAUAUUAAAAGGAACAAACAAAAAUCAAUCGAACACAGCAUGUGUGGUAAGAAUUUGAUAACCUACCUCCCCAAACAGCACGGGCAAUGCAAUGCAAUUCUGAUUUCUUUUCGACAUCGGAUCAGUGGUACAGUGAUCACCAUGGAAGAAGGACGCUCCGAUAGUGUGUACUCCAGUGGCGAAGAGGACCUUUUCGCCAAGCAGAGCCUGGCGAGGUUGCGAAAUUCCGCCCGUUGGCGUGAGCAGGCACAGUACAUUAGCUUCGAGCCAGCACUGUUGAUGUUCUGCUUUGCCAUGAGUAUAUCAGGUGUGGUUAUUGAUGCGAUCCUGCGGAAUACCGUGAUGUGUAAUUGUGUCCUGUAUUCGGCAGAGGUCGUGCUGGCGAAUCACAUCAUCCUGCAGACGUGCAUCGUGGAAGGAUUCGAUAAUAGCGACUGCCAACUGCUUAACAUGGAUUCGAAUUCUUCCCAGCGGGCAAUCAUCGAAACGAAGGUGCAACCCAUAGCCGCCAAUGUAACGAUGGUGAUAGUGAUUAUAAAAUCUGUCCUGCCCGCACUGAGCGCUCUGCUGCUCGGUGCAUGGUCCGAUCGAUAUGGGCGGAAGCCUACGUUGCUGAUCGCGAGUGGUGGUGUAUUGUGUUCCUUUCUUCUUCUAACGAUGCUAACGUUCCUAUCGAUGCGGGUCACCGUGACCCCAUGGUAUUACACCGCGGCUUAUCUUCCGUUCUCGCUGCUGGGCGGUAUGACCGUGAUUACAGCCGCUGCCUUCAGCUACCUUUCCGAUGUUACAAACGAACAAACCCGCACCAUGCGCAUGGGCUUUAUGGAGGCGUCCAUGAUGACCGGGGCGCUGUUGGGAUUCCUUUCCAGCAGCUACAUCCUGGAAUGGUUGAACGUGCCGGCUACCUUUCUGAUUGCUACCGUACUGAUUGUGCUAGCGAUCGUGUACGUUAUAUUCUGCACUGAGGACAGCAUCAUAUUAAGUAACGAUAGCUCCACGAAGGAGAAACUGCGGGACCUUGUGUCUUGUGAACGGGUACGGGAACUAUCGGGUACAUUUUUCAUGCGCCGAUCGGGCUAUGUGAGGGAAAUUUUGUGGGCCGUUGUGCUGUUGACCGGACUCACGGAGCUUGCCGGUGGUAAUGGGGGUGUGUUUUACAUGUUUACAAGAAGAAAAUUCGGAUGGGAUUUGAAACAGUAUAGCUACUUUCAGUUUACGGACAUACUGAUUAUCAUUUUGGGUAACGUUGUAGGAAUUCCGAUACUGAAGCAGCUGCUGCACUGUUCAGAUACUACCGUAGCGAUAGUGUCGAUCGCCAGUUACAUUAUCGAUUCGCUGAUUAUGGGAUUUGCAACCAGCGGAUGGAUGCUGUAUCUCGCUGUAUCGAUCACCGUCUUGAAGGGAACCGAUGGAGCUGCACUUAUGACGAUCUGUUCUACAAUACUUCCUACCGGAGAUAUGGCCAAGUUCUUCACCAUGGCCCUAUCAUUGACUGCCGUCGUCCCGCUGAUAUCGGCGCCAUUGUUUACAUUCGUGUACGACAGCACCAUACAAUCUGCUCCGGAAAUAUUCAACUUCGUUGCUGCCGGGUUCUUUGGCGUGGGACUGUUGUUGAUGAUAGUUAUAACGAAUCUCAUUCGUCGAUUUUAUCAGCCAGAACUGCUUUUGUAG